AUUAUUUCGCACAAUAGCCUGCGAGUAGUCCGACUACGGUAAUAUCGCGUCGGUGGCAAUUUCUUAAACAUUUACCCUUUUCGCCUUUUUAAACUUCUCAAAAUGGCUUCGUCUUGGAAAAUCAAUGUUUUUGUGAUAUUUGUUGUUUCCCAGUUAUUUGCAAAUGUAGCGUUAGCGGCAUAUGCACCAGAUGAAGUCACGAAUCUUCCGGGUUUGAAGACGCAGCCGAGCUUUCGUCACUACUCGGGUUACUUGAAUGCAUCGGGACAGGACCGGCUGCAUUACUGGUUUGUAGAAUCGCAGAAUGACCCAGCCAAUGACCCUGUUGUCCUAUGGAUGAAUGGAGGGCCAGGUUGUAGCUCAAUGGAUGGCAUGCUCUCUGAACUAGGGCCAUUUCAUGUAAACUCUGAUGGUCAGACGUUAUAUAUGAAUAAAUACAGCUGGAAUACAGUUGCAAAUGUCAUUUUUCUGGAAGCACCAGCUGGCGUCGGCUACUCCUAUAAUCCUACCAAGGAAUAUGCUACUGAUGAUGAUAAGGUAUCAAUGGGUAAUUAUCUGGCUCUUCAGAGUUUCUUCAAGAAGUUCCCAGAGUAUGCUUCCAACGAUUUCUAUGUGACGGGCGAAAGCUACGGGGGCAUCUAUGUGCCUACACUCACUCAUAGGAUCCUCAAUGGCAAUGCUACCAUUAAUAUGAAGGGAUUUGCUGUUGGCAAUGGUAUAACUAAUUUCACCACAAAUUCGGAUUCUCUGGUCUAUUUUGCCUACUACCAUGGACUUAUUGGUCUUGAUCUGUGGAAGAGCUUGAACGAAAGGUGUUGUGAUGGGACAUAUUGUGUGUUUUCACAAUCUACAGAUAUAGAAUGCCAGACACUUGUUGCCGAAGCCCUCAACGUUGUCUAUGACAUUGGGCUGAAUACCUACUCCCUCUACUUGGAUUGUUACAAUGGUCCGUCUUCAGUACAGAGCCCUCUGUUGACCAGAUAUCAGUUUGACAUGAUGCAUGCCUUGGGUCAUCUACCAAAGGCACCGCCUAAGUACUAUCAGCCCAUGUCUGCUAUUUUGUCAAAGAGUAAAGUUGGUUUGGUACCACCAUGCAUCAACGUCACCGGAGUGACGGCCUAUCUCAACCUUCCUAACGUCAGGAAAGCUCUUCACAUUGCCGACGAGGCCCCUUCGUGGGAGGUCUGCAGUCAACUCCCGUACACAACUAUCUACAAGACCAUGUACUCCACCUACAAGGAUAUCCUGGCUAAAUAUCGAGGCAUGGUGUACAACGGAGACACGGACAUGGCCUGCAACUUCCUGGGUGACGAGUGGUUCGUUGAAUCUCUCAACCUGAAGAAGAAGUCUGAUAGAUCACCUUGGAUGUUGGGAGAUCAGAUCGCAGGAUUUGUCAAGGAGUUUGAAGGUUUAUCAUUGGUGACCAUCAAAGGGGCAGGUCACAUGGUGCCGCAGGAAAGACCAGCACAAGCUUUAAAAAUGUUUACCUAUUUCCUCCAGAAUAAACCGUUGUGAGGCAAGAUCAAGCAAUACAUUUCCAAA